AUGGCAGAAAGCAGCCAAGAAGAGCGAGUGCUUUGGUCUGACUGGAAUAAUCUUAGUUUUAGGGAUGGUGCCCUAUACUAUAAUUUUGGACCAUCGUACUCCUUGCGAGUGGUAUUACCAAGGUCCGCCGAGGAGCAAAUUGUGACCGAACUGCAUGUUAGUUUGGGCCACCUGGGACCAGCAAAAGGCGAACAAGCUUCCCGUAGGCGAUACUGGUGGGUGGCCAUGCGCGACGACAUAAAUGAUAUUUGCGCGUGUUGUCACCGGUAUGGUGAGGUCAAGUCUCAACCUCACGCGGCCAGAGCACCACUACAAUCCAUGACAGCGGGAUUCCCAAAUGAACUCGUUGGCUUAGACCUUAUGGGGCCCUUACCUCAGACGGAUAGCAGUAACCGUUACAUUUUGGUUAUGGUUGACUACUUUACGAAGUGGACAAAUGCGGUACCCCUCCGCAAGGCAGGCGCUCUGUCUGUAGCAAAAUGA